AUGCUCCUUGCUGUAUACCAUCNAUUCACUAACAAGAUCGUUGGCGUCUAUGACGACGGCGUCGGCGGCGACGGCGUUGAAGGCAUGUUGCUGCUGCGUAUCUACGGUGAGAACACCGACCUACUGAUCGAUCGCGAUGCAGAGAUGCGAAACCUCACGCGCCUUCACGCCGCCGGCCGCUGCCCUCCUCUAUACGCACGCUUCAACAACGGACUCUGCUACGGCUAUGCGGUCGGCACGUGUCCUUCGGUCGACGACAUAGUUACCGACCCCAUCUACAGGUUGACUGCGAAGAUGUUGGGGAAAAUGCACGGGAUAAAGCCGUCCGCAGGGGAGCUGGUAAAGCCUUGUCUGUUCAGAGUGCUACAUAAGUGGCUGACUUUGGUGCCUGAGGGAUUUGCAGACACUGCCAUGAAUGACAAGUAAGGC